UUUAGCUAGUAAAAUCCAUGAGUGUUUGAAAGAGUGGGGCAUCGAGAAAAAAGUGUUUACUCUGACUCUGGAUAAUGCUACAUCUAACAACUGUAUGGAAGAAAUUCUGAAGGACAUGCUGAAUUUAGAUGAUAAUCUGUUGUGUAAAGGGGAGUUUUUUCAUGUUCGUUGCUGCGCACACAUCUUAAACCUUAUAGUACAAGAUGGUUUAAGUGUUAUUGGCGGUGCAUUGUCCAAGAUCAGAGAGACUGUGAAGUAUUUUAAGGCUUCGGUUGCUAGAAGAAUAGCGCUUGCAGAGUGUGUAGAAGGUAAUGACGAAGUGGUUAUGUCAUUGGAUGUUCAGCAUAGAUGGAACUCGACCUACUUGAUGCUUGAGAAAGCCUUGAAGUACGAGCGUGCUUUAAAUAGGUUUAAAGUACUUGACAAAGCCUACAAGCAUUGCCCUUCUAGUCAAGAAUGGAAGAGGGCAAAGAUUAUCCAUGAGAUUUUGAUGCCCUUUUACUGUAUUACCACUCUGAUGUCCGGGACAAGCUACUCAACAUCGAACUUAAAAUUUUGGACAUAUUUGGAAGAUUCAAUGUCUAUUGGAAGUGAACAGGGACAAUGAUGACAGUGUCAUUCAAGAUAUGAUCUCUAAGAUGAGAAAAAAGUUUGAUAAGUAUUGGGAGCAAUAUAGUGUCAUUCUUGCAGUGGGUGCUGUAUUGGAUCCUAGGAUGAAGUUCAGGCUUUUGAAGCGUUGCUAUGAUGAACUUGAUCCAUUCACUUCAGAAGGAAAAAUAAAACAGCUUAAGGAAAAGCUUUAUGAGCUCUUUGAAGAAUACAGGAAAAAGUUUCCUUUGACUCCUGUUGUGAGUUCUUCAAGAGUUGAUUCCCGUGUUUCAAAACGAGGAGGAGGGAGCUUGGGCGUGCAAGAUGAUUUGUUUGACUUGGAUGAUGUUCCUGAUUAUAUGGAAGAAGGGAAGUCUUCUUUAGAUAUGUAUCUGGAAGAUCCUAAGCUAGAUAUGAGGAAUCAUCCUAAUCUGAACGUUUUGCAUUAUUGGAAGGAAAAUAGAAAUCGUUUUGGUGCACUCACUUACAUGGCAAUGGACAUCCUUAGCAUCCCCAUUACCACCGUAGCAUCUGAAUAUUCAUUUAGUAUUGGUUCUCGUAUGAUAGACAAAUAUAGGAGCAGGUUGUUGCCUAGUAACGUCGAAGCUCUGUUGUGUACUCGUUCGUGGAUACAUGGUUACACGCUUGAUGAUGAAGAUGAUAAUGGCGAAGGUGAAACGGUGGUUAUUAGACCGGGUCCAAAUGAUGUGGAAGAAGCGGUCACACAUGCACCAAAGGAGAGGAUUUCCACAAGAAAGUAAAGACAAAAACAGGAGAGGACAUGAUUAAGUAUCAGCCUGAAGAUAUCAGAGUCUUGUCAUUUUUCUUUUGUUGAAAACUACGAGAGUAUGACAAAUGAUAUGGUUACGUACUGCUGCUUUAAUUUUUCUUUGCGUUCAUGUUUAUAGAACCAUUCUCGAUCGGAGACUACCAUGAAAACUUUUUGCUUUUCUUAUAUAUAAACAUAUCAUUUUAUAUUUUGUUGGAGUUUGAAUUAUUAUAUUAAAUAUAUUGUGCUCAAAUA